AUGUAUGUAUGUGUCGUUCUCCGUUCUUACUCAGCAACCAUCGAUGAAGUAGAGGCCAGCGAUUAUGAAUGGUGGCGAUUAAGGAUGGUGGAGCAGCGGCGACGAGCACAGAUAGUGCACCGGCAGGCGGCAACCGGUAUGUGGAGCAGCGAAGGAGAUGCUGAAUUGUUUCUCCGUUUCUUGUUUCAUUUUUCGGUGGUGGUGGUGGUGGCGGGAGCAGUCUAUAGCUGCUGUCUUUGCCGUUUUUCUCUGAAAAAGUGGAACAAACCCUGUAUCCUAAAGAUACACUGA